AUGAUGCCCAUUGCACCAGCAGAACACGCGAAUGCCAUCCAUACAGCAACCGUUGCUACUGCAAACAACACAGAGCCCCACGACUCGCAAGAGUCGGUUCAAUCUGCUGUGUCUAGCACCUUCUCGGCACCGGCACUACCCUCCUCCUCGAGUAACCUGUCCACCUUAACCGCUACGGAAACCGACCUUACCACCCCUUCUUCGACCAAUGUAGCAAGCCAAAAUAACGCUACAGAGGCACCAAUGCCCAAGUCGUCGAGCCAAAGCACUGGUGGGGACGUGCGAGCUGCACCGCACAUCGAUACAGCAGCCGCCAACGCGCUGCAAACUGGUGGCACAGCAGCUAGUUUCAUGCCACUAGAGUCUCCAACAAAUCAGGGCUCCAAGAGAACUGUAGAUGGAUCUCUAAAGAGUGCUGGGCUAGCGCCCGAAACACCAUCGGUGCGCACAUAUGCACAUAAGAGGAACAAGAGCAUGGACACCCAUUCAGUCACUCGCAUUGGAGAGUUAUCCGCACAGCUUAAGACACGUCUUUCCUACGCCAUGGUCAAGGUCCAAAACGGCUGGGAGAAGCAGUCACUCGAGGAGCUGGAAGAGAGCCAGUCACAACGUGGAUCGCCCAACUCUGCUCCUGGGAGGAGUGAUCAUUUAGCGUUUGAUUCACCUGGUACUACCGACCGCCAAAGAAGACCGAGCGGCGUUUCUGAUAUCUCAGACCAAAUGAUCAUGUCCCCUGCUUCCGAUCCAACUCGGUCACUUGCAGGAACCCCAGCUUCCUACUGGCGACCAGGCACCCGCCCUGCAAUGAAUGCUGCUGCAAACCUCAUCUCUAUCACUGGGGCACAGCCUGGCUAUGGCCUUGCACCAGCUCCGACUUUCCAGAGUAGGCGGAGAAGUCGUUCCAGCGUCUCACAUAUACCCCCUCCGCUCCUUGGGGCUAGCCAAAGAAAACACUAUAGCGACGUUGGUGCAGGCCCACGAUCACCAGCAACUCCUCGAGCAGGUAUUCUUCGCAUGCCAAGCCAACAAGCCGAGAAGGACGCUGUUGAUACGUUGCUCUUCAUGAGUAGCCCCAACAACUCUCAGCGCUUCCCAACAAGCGGCCAGCCACAACCGAGUUCACUCAGAGCUGAAGCACCUCAACGACGCGUCAUGUUCGAAGCUUACCCUCCACAAGACAAGCGCGCUAUGUACCAGCCAUCAAUGCCUGCUCCGCCCCAUCACCACCAACACGGACCGUAUCCCGCAUACCCAGCGAGAUAA